CUAGUCUCGUCCUGGCUCCGCAAGAGCUGGAGAUCUCUCCGCUAAAUCCCCUCCCCACUCCUCAAUUCAGUCCUCCGCACUCCAGUGUGUCAGCUGCGCGGCGGAGAAACCCAAAUCCAGGGAGAUUGCAGCGGCGCGAUCCGAUCAAGGCCCGCCCGGAGUCCAGCUCCGGUUACCCGCCCCUGCUCCAGCUCGGGGUUGCUUUUCGUCAGCACUGUGUUUCGAGCGAUGAAUCGGGUCAAGAGCGAGAGCAGCUGGGAGAUGCCUGAUCAGGACCAGACUGACUUGCCAUCUCACGACGAUGAUAGCGUGAAGGCACCUCCGCGCAGGAAAGCUGACACGCAACUGAAGAAAGGCCCCUGGACACCAUCAGAGGAUGCCGUCUUGGAGGCGUAUGUUAAGAAACACGGUGUGCGCAACUGGAAUGUGGUGCAGAAGGAAACCGGGCUCUUAAGGUGCGGCAAGAGCUGCCGCCUCCGCUGGUCAAACCACCUGAGGCCCGACUUAAAGAAGGGGACCUUCACCAAAGAGGAGAAGAACUUGAUCAUUAAGCUCCAUUUUCGCAUGGGCAAUAAGUGGGCUCAAAUAGCUGCUUAUUUGCCAGGGCGCACUGAUAAUGAAAUAAAAAACUACUGGAACACUCGAGUAAAGAAAUGCCUGCGCAUGAAUAUACCAGCACAUCCUCCUAAUAUUUGCAUGGAGGCUUCAAAUGAAGAUCAGCAUGAGUCUGCUGACUCCAAUUUCAGCGAGAAGUUGGCCAAUGAUCUCCUACAUGUUCCCGACUUCACGUGGGGCAGUUCCAUUGGUGUCCAAGAAUCUUUAUCUAAUGCACCCCAGCUUCCAGAUAUUUCUUUCAGCAGUUUACUUGCUCUGAACUUCACGUCAAAAAAUUAUGACUUCAUAGGUCAAGCAAACCAAGAAAAUGUUCUCAAGGAAUCUGAGAUUUUGUUUCCUGUGUUGAAUCCAACCAUCAAUGGUACCUUCGAUGGCAGCCAUGCCUUUUCAAAUGGCAACUUCUCUACUUCUAGGCCCAUAACUGGUCCUUCGAAGAUGGAGCUCCCUUCAUUCCAAUGUGUGGCAUCUGAUCCAAACAACUGGUGCACAUACUUAAGUACUUCUGCCAUGCAGCGUUCCAGCUAUGCUGAUCUCUGCGUGCAGUCAUCAGCGGUAGCAGCAUCAGCAAAGUUUGAGUCCAUAUGCAUGGCACCGAGGGACAGUGGUCAGUUGGAAGAGCUGCUUCCAGAAGCGCAGGCACUAAGCUCUGUGGAGAACCAACAGCUGUCUGUGGGGAGUUUGAGUCCCCCCUCUGUUGGUACACCCUGUGAUGCUAUGGUGGAACCUACAGGGCUUGAUCUCUUUGAACGAGAUACCAACCUGUACGCUCUUAUCGAUAGCUGUCUUUCUGCCCCACCUCUUUGCCCGGCAUCUCCAGAUGAAUUUCAGCCCGCCAUAAUUCUAUCUGCACCGAACCCUGCGUUUGGUUCCACUGAACCAACUGUUCCCCAGUACGAGCAAGGGUAUUUCUCACCCCACCCUGAAGAUUCCAGGACAGAUGCAUUCUCCCCAUGGUACACGAUGCCCGCCGUUUUUCAGUGACACACAAAAUGAUGCAGGAAACCUUGAGCGGCAUGCCUCCAGAAUGUCAGGCUUCAAGCGAAAUCUCCAACUGGCCUACAAUAAAGCUCACAGAGACAACUAGGCGAAUCAGUUUUAUCUUUGUUUCAUCCUUCUGAGUGAAAUUCGAUCCUGGCCGCUCAACUUGAUACACUCGCUCUGGUCAUCUAGCUACAAAGAAUGCUAUGUCUAUCCAACGGAACUAUGUAAAAGAAGGUUCAAUGCA